AUGUAUCCUUAUGGCUCCUUGCAGGCUGGAGCUGCUGCCGGUGCCAUGGGGAACUCGGUGACCAGGCCUGGCUGCCUGGGCCACAGGCGCCGGCGCUCGGCGGUGCCGGACGCGGUACCGGACGCGGUGCCGGACGCGGUGCCCAACGGCUGGAGUGUGGCACCCGGUGCCACCGGGAGCCUGAAGCACAGUGUGGUACCGGUACCGGUGCCGAACGGCAGCACCGCGAGUGUGCUGGUGCCGGCUGUGCCAUGGACACCCCCCGCACACUGUGGCACAUGGGGUUGGACACCCGGCACCCGGCGGGAGGUGACGGAGGUGACGGAGGUGACCGAGACCAUCGUCACCGAGAUCGUGGAGGUGACGCAGUAUCCGGGCGCCGAGGCCGCGCUCACCGGCACCGGCACCGCAGAUGCCAUAGAGGUGGUGCCGGAGGAGCCGGUGUUGCCGGUGCUGGUGUCGGUGGAUCGGGGGCAGGACACACCAGAGGCACUGCUGGAAUGGGUGGUUGACAUGGAGGAGCUGGUGGGUAACCAGAGGCCACCAUCGGCUGAGGCCAAGGUGGUGAAGGCACAACUGGAGGAGCAGAAGCUGCUGCAGCGGUUGUUGGAGGAGCGGCGGCCGCGCAUGGAACUGGUGCUGCAGGAUGGAUCCGGUGCCCUGGCACAUGGCACCGGUACCGGCACCGGCACCAACACCCUCAGCCAGAGGUGGGAGUCUCUGGUGCAGGAGGCAGGAGCCAGAUCCAAGCAGCUGGAGCAGAUCCUACCGGCAGCUCUGAGCUUCCAGGAAGCUGCCGAUUCCUUCCAGGACUGGUUGGGAGCCGCGGAGAGGAGGUUGGCACAGCUCUGGCACAGCGAUGGCUGCGGCAACAUGCAGGACGCCCAUCGGCAAAGCCAGGAGCUGUGCCAGGAGGUCAGUGCACGGCUGGGGGAGCUGGAUGGUGCUUUGGCAAGUGGGCAGCAGGUCCUGGCUAUGGUCACAGGGGAGGAGGCACAGGCGGUGCAGGACAAGCUGGAGUCACUGCGCACGCGGUACCUGACCGUGUGCCGGAGCAGCACCGAUGCCACACAGCGACUGGGGCAGACACUGGAGGCCUCAUCCCGCAUGGACAUGGUGCAGGAUGAGCUGCUGCUGUGGCUGAGCCGCAUGGAGCAGGAGCCGGACGGUGGUGAUGGUGCCGAGCAAGGAGAGAAGCUGGAGCAGCUCCUGGAGGCACAGUUGGGCUCCAUAACCACACUCGCCGCACUCAUGGAGCCGCCGGCGCCGGUGCCUCUCGAUGCCGCGGUGCUGCGUGUGCAGCUCAAUGAGCACAAGCUGCUGUCAGCCGAGGUCCUGCACCGCCGCGCGCUGGUGGAGCGACUGUUGCAUGUCACCGAACCGCUGCUGUGCCGCAUCCCGGAGCCGCUGCGGCAGUGCCUGCAGCCAUCAGCACAGGCUCUGCAGGAGCGCAUGGAGCAGCUAUGGCAGAGCUGUGGUGCCCGUGGUGAGCGGCUGGAGCAGGCACAGCUGCUGUUGGCACAGUUCACCGAGGCACAGGAGGAGCUGCAGCCCUGGCUGCAGGAGGCACAGGCGGCCGCAAUGCGGCUGACACCCAACACCAUUGACUGCAAUGGGUUCAAGGAGCAGCAGCAGAUGCUGCAGCUGCUGCAGACCCUGCGCGAGGCCCUGGCCGAGCACCGUCCGCUGCUGGGGAAGCUGCAGCGCGUUGUGGCACAGCUGCAGGAGCUGAGCCCGGAGCCGGCGGCUCCGUUCCGGCAGCGCUAUGGUGAUGCCGAGGAGCUGUACAACCGCAUCCGGCAGUGCCUGUGCCGCGCGGCCGCGCUGCUCGAGGAUGCUCUGCCGCGGUACAGCCAGCUGUCGGAGCGCAUGGAUGUGCUGCAGCAGGGCCUGCAGCGGCUGCAGCGCCGCCUGCAUUGCCAGCCUGGCACACGGGGGGAUGUGGUGCAGCUGCGGGAGCAGCUCCAGGACAACGCGUUGGCGCUGGCGGAGCUGGAGCAGCUCAGCGCUGGCCUGGCCACGGUGCAGGCACAGGCACAGGAGCUGCUGGGCAGUGUGAGCGAUGCCGGCGGUGGUGCCGCGGCUGAAGUGCUACAGGAGAGGCCAAUGCAGCUACAGGCGCAGUGGGUGUCCCUGCAGCAGCAGUGCCAGGAGCGGCAGCGGUGGCUGCAGGAGGUGUUGCCGCUGGCAGAGCGGUUCUGGCAGGGCCUGGCUGAGCUGGCAGCGGCUCUGAGUGACACCCAACAUGUGCUGCUGGCACUGGAGGAUGGUGCUGGUGACACCGAGGACACCCCUGAGCCUGAUGCCAUCCGUGCGCGGCUGCGAUCCAUGCAGGCGCUGCGGGAGGAUCUGGACGCGCUGCAGGUGGAGCUGGACACACUCGGCAGUGUUGGUGUGGAUCUGGCAGCCGCAUGUGGUGACACCGGCAAACCUGACGUCACCAGGAGCAUGGACGAUCUCUACCGCUCAUGGCACAGCCUCAGCCAGGCCUGGAGCCGGCGCUUCGGCCGCCUGGAGGAGCAGCUCCAAACCGCGGUCACACACCAGGACACCGAGCAGCGUCUCUGUGGGUGGUUGGAUGCGGCCGAACUGCGUCUGGCAGAGGAGUUCCUCAUUGGUGGGGAUCUGGUGGUGCUGCAGCGGCAGCUGAUGGAGCUCAAGGAGUUCAAGAAGGAGCUGUACCAGUGCCGGGUGGAUGUGGAGACUCUGCGGCAGCACCGGCACCAGCACCAGCACCAGCACCAGCCUGGCACAGGGGUCAUGGCCAAUGGGGACCCCCCGGCUGUGGUUCCUGACUUCCGGCAGCGCUGGGACCGUCUGGAGGAGGAGAUCGGCAGCCGGCAGCACGAACUGGAGUCUGCACUGUUGGGACUGGGGCAGUUCCAGCACCAGCUGCAGGAGCUGCUGCUCUGGUUGUCGCGCACAUCCGAGACCCUGCAGUGCCCAUUGGUGCUGCGGCCGGACCUGCAGAGCUGCGAGGUGGAGCUGGCCAAGCACACGGUGCUGCGGAACGAUGUCCUGUGCCACGAGCUGACGGUACAGGCGGUGAAUGAGGCGGCUCAGGGGCUGCUGCUCUGCAGUGUGGGGCACAGUGAGCAGGGGCUGCGGCACCGGCUGCACCAGCUCAACCAGAGCUGGGAACUGGUGCGGGGUGAGACCGAGACCAGGCAGCUGCAGCUGGAGAACAACCUCAGCCAGGUGCAGGACCUCACUCUGGAGCUCACGGAGCUGCUGCAGUGGCUGGAGCAGGUGGAGCUGCAGCUCUUCUUCUCCAAGCCAGCCUGGGGUAACCCGGACAGCACCAAAGAGAUGCUCAUGGUGCAUCUGGAGCUGUGCAGGGAGCUGGACUCCAAGCAGGACACCUACAGCAGCCUGCGGGAGCGGCUGCAGCGGCUGCUGGGCCCCACAGGUGUGGGGCAGACCUGCAGCACAGAGCAUGGGAUGAGGAUGCUGCAGACCAAGUGGGAGAGCGUCCGAGCCGAGGCACAGGAGAGGAAGGACAGCCUCACCGAGGGGGUAACCGUCAGCACCGAGUUCCAUGGCACCGUUCAGGAGCUGCUGCGCUGGGUGUCCCAUGCAGAGGAGCAGCUUGGGGACCCCUCACCCCCCAGUGUCAUCCUGGACACCGUCACCAUGCAGCUGCAGGAGCACAAGGUGCUGGUGAAGGAGGCCAGUGCCCAUGGUGAGAAGCUGUCGGCGCUGGAGGCUGUAGCCAACAGGCUGAGGGACUACAGCCGGAAGCAGGAUGGGGCCGUGAUCCAGAGCCUGGUGCUGGGGGCCAGGGAGCGCAUGGGGAAGGUGAUGCAGCGGAUGGCAGAGCGCGGGCAGGCGCUGGAGCAGGCCAGGAAGCGCUGCAAGCAGUUCACUGAGUCCCGGCAGCUGCUCCUGGACUGGAUGGCAGAGGCUGAGCAGAGCCUGGAGCUGCCCUCGGACACCAGCACCAGUCAGGAGGAGCUCAAGUCCCAGCUGGCUGAGCACAAGGCGUUCCAGAAGGUUCUGCGCUGCAAGCGGCCGGUGCUGGAGGCCACACUGCGCAGUGGGCGAGCGCUGAGGGAGGAGGCUCAGCUGGAGCAGGACAUGGAGCUGAUGGAGGAGCUGCUCAGGGACCUCAAGGACAGAUGGGAUCUGCUGUGUAACCACAGUGCGGAGAGGCAGCACCAGUUGGAGGAGCGGCUGUUGCUGUCAGGGAAGUUCUCGGAGGCCCUUCAGGCUCUCCUGGAUUGGUUGUACCGAGCUGAGCCACAGCUGAGCGAGGAUGUGCCUGUUGGUGGUGACCGAGACCUGGUCAGUGACCUGAUGGACAAGCACAAGGCCUUCCAGAAGGAGCUUGGCAAACGCGCUGGGUGUGUUCGGGCCCUGACGCGCUCGGUUCGGGAUCCGGCACAUGGGGACUCCCUGUGGCUGCGGCGGCAGCUGGAGGAGCUCAGCCAGCGCUGGGACCUGGUCUGCCGACUGUCCCUGGGCCGGCAGGCGCGGCUGGAGGCGGCGCUGCGGCAGGUGAUGGCUGAGGAGUUCCAUGUCCUGGUGCAGUCGUUCCUGCGGCGCCUGGGGCAGGGGGAGCAGAGCCUCAAGUAUGGGGCAAUACCUGAGGAGGAGGCAGAUGUGGGGCAGAGCCGGGACCUGCUCCAGGAGCUGCUGCAGUCGCUGCAGUGCCAGCAGCUGGAGCUGGAGUGCAUCAUGUCCCUGGGGGAGGAGAUCCUGUCCUGCUGCCAUCCCGAUGCCAUCGUCACCAUCCGCUCCUGGCUCACCGUGGCCAAGAGCCGGUUCCAGGAGGUGCAGCACUGGGCGCAGCAGCAGGAACAGCGGCUGCAGGCUCAAGCAUCACGGUUGGCAGCCGAGCGGGAGGAUGCAGAGCAGCUCCUGGAGUGGAUGGCGGCGGCCGAGGAGGCUCUGGCGCUGCAGGACAUGGAGCCUCUGCCGCAGGACAUGGAGCCGCUGCGGGAGCUCAGUGCACAGCAUGAGGUCUUCAUGGAGGAGCUGAACCACAAGCAGCCGGACGUGGAGAGGGUGACCAAGAGCUGCAAGCAGAAGCUGCCCACGGAGCUGGGCCCACAGGUUGCGCGCCGGCUGACAACACGGCACCGCAGCACCGGGAAGGCACCGGCGGAGCUGCCUGGAGCACUGGAGCCCCAGAGCCCACUCACAGCACAGGUUCUGCAGCGAUGGCAGCAGCUCUGGCUCCUGGCACUGGACAGGCAGUACCGGAUAGAGACGGCCAUGCAGCGUCUGCGGGAGCUGGAGGACUUGGCUCACUUUGACUUCGGGCUCUGGCGCAAACGCUACAUGCACUGGAUUGGGCAGAUGAAGUCUCGAGUCCUUGACGUGUUCAGGGGCAUCGACCGCGACCAGGACGGACGCAUCAGCCAGAGGGAGUUCAUCGACAGCGUCCUCGCCUCCAAGUUCCCCACCAACGUCCUGGAGAUGAAAGCUGUCGCCAGCAUCUUUGACAUGAACGGCGACGGCUUCAUUGACUACUGUGAGUUCGUCAGUGCCCUACACCCCAACCGGGACCUGUUGCGCCGCGGUGCCGACGCCGACCAGAUCCAGGAUGAGGUGAACCGGCAAGUGGCUCAGUGCAACUGUGCCAAGCGGUUCCAGGUGGAGCAGAUCAGUGCCAAUAGGUACAGGUUUGGUGAGUCCCAGCAGCUGCGGAUGGUGCGCAUCCUGCGCAGCACCCUCAUGGUGCGGGUCGGUGGUGGUUGGAUCGCGCUCGAUGAGUUCCUGGUGAAGAACGACCCCUGCAGAGUGAAGGGAAGGACCAACCUGAAGAUCAAUGAGAAGUACCUGAGCGCGGAGGCCUUCGGAGGCAGCACAUCCUCACCCUCAUCCAAAGCCCUGUCCCCAACCCGCUCCGGCUCCAGCCUCAGCCUCUACAGCAGUGCCUCUGCCCCCUGCAGCCCCAUGGCCAGGAAGUCGGUGCAGCGCAGGACACGCUCUGGUGACCGGUGCCCUCGUGCCCGUGGCUGCCUCCUGCCUGAUGCAGCUGAGCUGCAGCUACCCUCGGCUGAGCCGAGGCUGGCUGCAGCACCGGGAGGUGAGGCUGCAGCACCAGGAGGUGAGGCUGCGGCACUGGGAGGUGAGGCUGCGGCACCGGGAGGUGAGGCUGCAGCACCAGGAGGUGAGGCUGUGGCAGCAGGAGGUGAGGCUGCGGCACCGGGAGGUGAGGCUGCGGCAGUGGCAAGUGAGGCUGCAGCACCGGGAGGUGAGGCUGCUGCAGCGGCGGGUGAGGCUGCAACACUGGCAGGGGAGGCCACAGCACUGGGAGGCGAGGCUGCAGCAGCAGCAAGUGAGGCCGCAGCACUGGCACAUGAGGCUGCAGCACCAGCGGGUGAUGCCGCAGCACCGACAGGCGAGGCCGCAGCACUGGGAGGUGAGGCUGCAGCACCGGCAGGCGAGGCUGAAGCACUGGCACGUGAGGCUGCAGCACCAGCGGGUGAGGCUGCAGCACCUGGAGAUGAGGCUGCAGCACCUGGAGAUGAGGCCACAGCACUGGGAGGCGAGGCCGCAGCACCGGCAGGUGAGGCUGCAGCACCGGCAGAUGAGGCCACAGCACCAGGAGGUGAGGCCGCAUCGCUGCAGGCCCCCACUGCUGCUCUGGAUGUUGCUGCAAGCUGCACCCAGCUGCACCCAGGGCAGCCGCAGCAUGUGGGGCAGGCCGUGGGUCUGGCAGCACCGUGCAGCUCCAGCCCCUCUGUGCCCAUAGAGCAACCCGAGGGGUCCCCCCCACAGCGGUGCAGCCCCUGCCGCUGACCCCCUGCACCAGCACCCUCGGCCUGCCCCACUCAGGACCCUUCUGUCCGCUCCAGGAUAGCGGAGCUGCAGCCAUGUGCCCAUAGGUCUGACCCACACUGCUGUGGUGUGUGUGCGACCCCCUGCCCCACAGCAACCCCUGC